UUAAUCAGCAUUGAGCGCGUAUUUAUCGGUGCCAUGUAUCCGAUAAAUCGCCCUUUAUUAUUCAUUCGUAAAUUUAUCGCAGUUCUCAAUUUCGUCACACUAUUUCACAUCUACGGCUACAUUGUAUACGUCUGUCGAUUGAAUUCGAGAGGAACGAUAACACUUUUACACGUAAAUUUCUUUACGGCACAUUCAGGCAUAGCAUGGAGCUUUCGAUUCCCAUCUAUGGGUACUCUGCAGAACCUAGGUACCAACAGCCGACGGCGCAAACGGAAUGAUCUUGCUUCGUCGGACUCGUGUAAGGAUCUUCGGCAGAAGAGACACACGAUACACCUGCAGCCGGAAGUAAUCAUUCAGAGAGAACCCUGCUUGAUCGUAACUCCGCCAUCACCUGAGAAUCUCGUCGAGGAUAACUCGAGGACGCCGGAGGAAGACAGCGACGCGAGGGUGGAUCACCGCGUCUACCCUUCAAGCGAGCAGGAAUUACCCCCGACGAAGACACCCGAAAACAGCAAUAACCUGUCACCACUGAUGGAGCCACCUGAGGAAUCCACUCGCAAACUCUUGGAAAGAGAAUUGCGACUUCUCGAUCCUCGAGAUCUACGAUCGCACGCCUGGUACCAUGGUAGUACGUUGCGUGGCGGCCGAAAAGGUGCGGAGGCGGAAGUGUCGAAUGACGGCGACUUUUUAGUGCGCGAUUGCGCCUCCCAACCCGGCAAUUAUGUCCUAACUGUACGAUGGAAAGGUCAACCGUUACAUUUCGUUAUCAAUCGAGUCGUAAUUCAGCCCGAUACAGUUUACGAAAGGGCGCAGUAUCAGUUCGAAGAUGAGGCUUUCGAUACGGUCGCCGACCUGAUAACCUUCUACGUUGGCAGUGGUCGACCGAUUAGCCAAGCAAGCGGGGCUCGAAUCAUUACUCCAAAACCCAGAUCGGUGCCACUGACAUGCGUCGCAGGGCCUACGAGUAAUCAACACUGUUCUAGUCCUUCCUCCACCUCUCUGUCGACUGGUUCGCCACCUCGCUUACCCAGAAAACAACAACGUAGUCAUUCUCUGACCGCUCAGCAUCAUGCUCCGCACGCAGAUCAGCACGUUGCUCGAGAUAGCAAUCAACAAACGGGAUCGCAAUUACCUAUCCAAUCCAGUACCCUGCCACGAGUACCGCCAAUUCAGAACCAACCACCCUCUUGUUCUCUAUCGCUGGGUCGUCAAAAGAUCACCCGGGUGAUAUCGGAUCCAGCGUUGCAACAGCAACAGCAACAGCCACCAAGUUUGAAUCUUCAAAACGCCAUGAACACGGCGCCACCCAAACCUCCCAGAGUGCCCUACGUGCCGAAUCAUCAGCAGCAUCAUCAUCAUCACCAUCAUCAUCAUCACCAUCAUCAUCAUCAAAGCUAUCAGGCCUCUGGCAGUGACAGCGGAAACGGAUCGGGAGACAGCGAGUUUGAGACUAAUAAUUCUGGCGGUGCCAGCAAUCCCUCUUCUUCGGUGCCAAUCAAGGGCGUGGUGAUACGUAGUCAUUAUAAUACCAGUAACGACGGUAUCAAUGGCAAUAACAACAGCGAAUACGAACUAUCGGCAGAAGAACAAUUAGUGGUAGCCGCACCGUCUUUAGAAAUCACCACCAUGCUCGACAUCGAGGGUUUUACGACAUUGUUGUUACCAGCCGGUGAACACAGACCUCUGGAUCCAACAGCCCUGAGGGGAGUCUCAGGAAUGUUAUUGGAUUCAGCUCCAAGAGUGCUCGCCUCUCAUAUCACGAGGCUCGAUCUUGAAGUGGCACUUCAACCGGGACCAGGAAAUAGAAGCGGAUUAAGCGGUAUCGAACUGGCGACCCUUCCUCAUGGUAGACAAGCUAGAAUGGACCUAAUUGAAAGAUCUGAAUGCCUGAAACUAUUGGUGGCGGUGACCGUGUUGACUGGCGCUACAGCUAUAGAGAGAGCAGCUACCAUCAGCAAAUGGAUCAAAGUAGCAAUCGAUACUAAAACCGCACUUGGCAAUCUUUAUGGCUUCUGUGGCGUAAUGCUCGGUCUAUGUUUACCCCAAAUUCAGAGACUAGCCAAUACAUGGCACUUGCUACGACAAAAACAUACGGACGAAGCUUUCAGUUUCGAAGCAAAACUGAGACCUACUCUACGGGCUAUGAACGAGUGUACCAAUCCACAGGCGCCUAAUACAACGUUACCACAUUUGCUACCGAUUGCGCUACUUGGCGAACGUGGUCCCGAAGAUAUUUUAGGUACUGUAGCACCUUUCGGACUUACAGCAGCGAUACUUUCACCAUGGGAAAAUUCGGCAUCCGAUUGCGGUUUAACAAUCGUCUGGUCGCAUCUUGAAGCGGCUCGCAAACUAGCCGAUAGUCUACCGCUCUUCCGCAGGAAUGCGGAAAUCGUCCUAGAAGGUUGCAGAAAUGAUGAAUUAUUAUCGGACGCCUUUCGCACUGAAUUUCAUAUCAAGUUCUUAUGGGGCAGCCGUGGUGCUACUGUCGCUCCAGAAGAACGUCAUUUGAAGUUCAUUCAAGUCUUAGAUGCAAUGUACGACAAGUGUUCGGCUAGCGAAGUGGCCGCUUAAAAAAUAAACCAAAGGAUCUCAAAGAUCUGAAUAGAGAGAGACUGAAGAGAGAUAAUUCUCCAUGUGAGAGUUUAUCCUCUUCUUUUAAAUGCGGGAAAUAUCACCGUUAUAGAUCUUUUUUUUUUUUUUUAGAUUUUUAUAGUUUCAAAAUGCGUUGGCUAACACGAUACCACAAGAAAUUAAAACAUCCCAUGCAUUAAUAAAGUGGUACCUUAUUGCUACUACAUAUAAUCUUAAAUCGUAGAGCAUAUCUCUGAAAUACCGAAUGUUCUUCCUAAACCUAACGCUUGUUCUGAGUCGUGUAAGCAACAGCAUCCAAAGAAUUGAUCGAGAGGCUUGAUCGAAGCCUACAUACGUAUCGACAACUGUACUUAACUUUAAUUGACAAUGUAAUUCUAUAAUGUUAUGUUGUAAGUGUUGUUCAUAUAUUUGUUCAUACUUAAUAUACAGAUUUAAAAAAGUAUUUGUCGUGAUUUUUUAUUUUUAU